AUGGCCUUCAGCGUCCCGAAACUUUUCAUAUUUGCCGCCGUGCUUGCAUGUGCUUUCGUUGCGAAUGCUGGUCCGUUAUCUCGUCGCCAAGUCGGUAAUGCUCAAUGCAACAUCGACCGCCUCAAAUUCGUUGUCAACCUUCAGGAAACUUCUGACCAGAUCAAUAAGCUUGCCACCGAACUCGCAAACACGAAUUUCUCUUCUACCGUAGACAGCGCUCAGUCUGGCAUCGACGGUGCCUUCCAGGCGACUGAUGGUAUCGCCGACGCGAUCUUCAGCAACCAGACUGCUCCUCCUGAACUGAGGAAUCAGGUUGGCGGUAACCUUACCAUCGUUCUCAAGGCUCUGCUGAGCAUCAAUACCACGGAUCCGACCGCCUCUGCUACUCUUGAGAAUGCGAAGAGCUUCUUCCAGACUGCCGCUGAAGCGUCGAAUGACGUCGUCGAAGAUUGUCAUUGA